ACUUACAGCAUAACGAGCAGGCAUCAAAAAAACUAAAAGGAUAACAAACAGCUGCCAUCGAGCACCGAUCCAAAUCAGGACAUUUUGUGGAUUAUCUUGAAUCCUCCCAGAAGAAAAAUGACUUUUACGAAAAGCGUUGACCAGACAACAAUUCUGCAAGGAGAUCGAUCGAAACUCAAGGACCUUCUGCGGCUUCGUCUGAAUGCGUGCGGUUGGAGUGACCAAGUCCGGCUGCUGUGUCGGGAAGCCAUCAAAGAACAGGAUGCCAUUAACUGCGACACCCUGGUGCAGCAAGUGACACCAAAAGCACGCGCCCUGAUACCGGACACCGUCAAGAAGGAACUACUUCAAAAAAUCAAAACAAUUUUGGUUCAGCAGGAGGGAAUUGAUAUCUAAAUUAGUUAUAGGGCUAUUGGCGGACUAUUUUAAGGAACUAAACUGAUGACAUUGGAAUAAAAAUAUAUAUUAUGUAGAA